UCUUCAGCCCUGCUGAUGCCCACGUGUAUUCAGGCUCAGUAUAAAUCAGAUGCAAACUUGCCUCAGAGUGGACGCAGCUCAGGAAGCUCCUUUUUUUUCAGAAAGAAUAGAAGAGCAUCCCGUUCAGAUAAGUUUACAAUUUUUCAGAUCAGCCAUUUUACACACUGUUGACAUAUACCCUAAGGGAAGAACCUAUCAAAAUAAAAAACUUUAGGAGCCACCAUGUUCUCCAGUGAGAUGUGGAACUCUUCAGAGAUGCUGCUGAAUGAUUCUGCAAGAAACUUGUCCUUGGAGGAGGUGGAAGAAGGUGAGCAUCCUUUCCUGACAGAUGCCUGGCUGGUGCCACUCUUUUUUUCACUCAUCAUGCUGGUGGGACUCGUAGGGAACUCCCUGGUCAUCUAUGUAAUCUCCAAACACAGGCAGAUGAGGACUGCUACCAACUUCUACAUUGCUAACCUGGCUGCCACAGAUAUCAUCUUCCUGGUGUGUUGUGUACCAUUCACAGCUACCCUUUACCCACUGCCUGGGUGGAUCUUCGGCGACUUCAUGUGCAAAUUUGUUGCUUUUCUUCAGCAGGUGACGGUCCAGGCCACGUGCAUCACACUGACAGCAAUGAGUGGGGAUCGUUGCUAUGUGACUGUGUACCCCUUGAAAUCUCUACGUCAUCGUACUUCACGGGUUGCCAUGAUUGUAAGCGUCUGCAUCUGGAUUGGCUCUUUCAUUCUGUCCACCCCAAUUUUAAUGUAUCAAAGGCUUGAGGAUGGCUACUGGUAUGGUCCAAGACAGUACUGCAUGGAGCGCUUUCCCUCAAAGACACAUGAAAGAGCCUUCAUACUGUACCAGUUCAUAGCUGUCUAUCUGCUGCCUGUUCUAACGAUCUCAUUCUGCUACUCCUUCAUGUUGAAGAGGGUGGGCCAGCCAACUGUAGAGCCCGUUGAUAAUAACCACCAGGUGCACCUGCUCUCUGAGAGAACCAUUUCCAUCAGGAGUAAGGUUUCCAAAAUGGUGGUGGUCAUCGUGGUGCUCUUUACGAUCUGCUGGGGUCCAAUUCAAAUCUUUGUCCUCUUUCAGUCUUUCUACCCGAACUUUAAGGUCAAUUACGCCACAUAUAAGAUCAAGACAUGGGCCAACUGUAUGUCGUAUGCCAACUCGUCUAUCAACCCCAUCGUGUACGGCUUCAUGGGAGCCAGCUUCCGAAAGUCCUUCAGGAAGACUUUCCCCUUCCUCUUCAGGCAUGCGGUGAGGGACAGCAGCGUAAUCUCCCGUACAGCAAACGCAGAAAUUAAAUUUGUUGCAACAGACGAGAGCAAUACCGAAAGAAAAUGAGCAGCAGGCAUGGAUGAGAAUUAGCGCCUCCAUCUGCACAUAGCCAAAUGCUUAAUUGCUGGCACGUCCUGCACCAAAACAAACUGAUGAAUUUGGAAAUUACAUGAUUUCUUCAGGGAGAGCCAGUGUGCAUAAUAAAGAGAUGUACAAUGACCUGGAAAAGCACAUUUGCAUGCUAAUUCCUUGAUGAAUACUUAACCUUUGACAAGCACAGCACAUGACCAACAUGAAUUAUGAAUUAGAUUAAAUGAGAUUUAAUACAACUUGUAAUUUUACAUAAACAGCGGAUGCUAGCAGUAACAUGAAUGGGAUAUAAAUCAGAGAGGCCAAGGUCUUUCCCGGACGAAAGGCUGUUCUGACAAACAGUGCUGUGCAGGAACCUGCCAGAGAGGAUGUUAUCUGAAUGAUCCAUGGAGACUCAUGACUCAUUGAUUGAGAUUAAGACAUAGGUUGGUCCUGCACCUCCCUGUGUACACACACGCUACAACCGACUAUAACCCUGUACAUUUUUAUCUUAAUGGGUGUUACUGAUGUUCUCAGUUUACCUCCUGACUCAGUCGAGACUCUUCUUACUUUGACAGCGAGUCUAAACACAUGUAGUAUUGUUACCAAGUACAGUUUGUGUUGGCAACACUUUCACUCUGCAGAGCUGAAAAAGGCUGUUAAAUAGUUUUGUUGAUAGACACACAGUCUAAUCUCAGAAGGGGAAAUAGUAUUAACAGUUCUUGAGAGGUGAGACUUCUGUGAGCUUCUGCCUCAACAAGAAAUCCUUUUAUUUUUUAAAACACUGUGAUUUUAACAGAUGCUUCUGAUAAACUGCAUAGAUUUUCCAUCAUCAUGUUAUAAUGACUGUAAUACAGCACAUAAAGAAAUAACAUAAGAUUGUCUUUUAACUGGAAUAUUGUAUGUACUGUAUACAUGUAUGGAUGUAUAUUUGUAAAUAGAUAUGUAUGUAUGUAUGUAUGUAUGUAUAGAGCCGUCCAGACAUAAUGUUAUCCUCCAUAACAAUGAGCAAAUGUUAAUAUAUAAAAGAACAACACAUGCUGUUAGUGAUAUUUUGAGCUCAUUGUGGAGCACUGAUUUAACCCCCCCCCCCCCAAACCUUUAUAUUAAGCAGUGCCUUCUUCUACAAAACACUGUUUUUAAAAUAUUAUGCAUGCUUACAAUUUAAUAUUUCUCACCUGCCCUGAAGAGAAUGGCACUGAACUUCUUUUUCUUAACAAGGUUGGAGACAUUUUAAGAUGUCUCUUGGUCUAAUCUGCAAUGCAUCAUUUUAAGCUCAUCUAUAUUCCUGGAUUUGUUCACGUGGAAUUUAUUCUUCUUUUCCAACACUACAGGUUUUCUUUUUUUAAACAGUUCAAAUGUGGAGCUUGAGACAGGCAAAUAACUGAUUUUGUGUUUCUUUAACCACAUCUAUGUUGAUGUGAAGUAUGUUCGGCUCAUCAUCUUAUUGAAAGCUCAGAAUAUUGGCCAGGAGGUUUUGGGUUGAAAUGUCCUGAUACUUAACACAAUUAUUCGUGCCAUAAAUCUUCACAAGAACCCCUGAAGCACCUGCUACAAAACAUCCCUGAAGAAUUCACUGCAAAAUCUGCAUAUUUUCCACUGAGCUUUUACCAAUCACCAAAACAUGCUAAAGGUGCACAUGGCCAGAAAGUCUGAUUUCCAUCUUCUCAAUUUCCAUUUUCUCAUCUGCCUGUAUCGCACAGUACCAUUUGUACUUCUGAUGAUGCUUGGUGAACUUCAGAUGUUGCAUUUCAUGAUACUCUGCAGUAGGGCUUUGUAAUGUUGUUGUGAAAGUGGGUUGAUUCUAAAUCUUCUAAAUCAACUUUUGGAUCAAAUUGUGCAAUUCUAAAACUGUGAUCUCUGGAGGUCUUUUCCUCUCCUUAACCAUCCUGCUCACUGUGUAUGGCCCUAAUUGUACUUAAUCCCUUUUUUAAUUUCUUGUCACUUUGUGAUUUGUUUGCUUUUAUGCAAAAAUGUCCUGUCAGUAAAUUUGUAAUUAAAUUUGUGAGCGAAAAUAUCAUUAUUUUCAGAAAAGUUCUAAUGUAAUAAUUUUCUUUAUGUACAAUAUACAUAAGUGUAAUAUUAAGUAUAAUAAUAUGUAUUUGUAAUAAUGUAUAAUUAUACGUAAUAUGUUGUCUUUGUUUAUAUCAUAACAAAAUAGACCUUUUUCACAAUAGUGUCAGUAUUAGGACAUAUGUACAUUUGAAAGCUCCCCUCUACUCAUUCUUUCUCCUUUUCACCUUGAGGACUCAUCUAUAAUUUAUGUAGCACCGACCUACGCAGUUUUAGAAAUGUCUCUGAGAAUAUAUUUGAUUUUUUUUUAUCAAUCUGAAUUCUUUCUUUCUUUCUUUCUUUCUUUCUUUCUUUCUUUCUUUCUUUCUUUCUUUCUUUCUUUCUUUCUUUCUUUCUUUCUUUCUUUCUCUUGUAUUCCUAAUAGAACACAGUUUCACUAGGUUCUUGUGUUCAAUGUUUGCUUUAAUGAAACGAAUAACGGUAUAAUAUAAGCAUUAUAUAAUAUUACACAGACUUGGCCUCCUUUCUCAUAAAUAUAUUGCUAUAAAAAGAAAGAUUUCUUUCAUUUUUGCCUUGUUGUUUUUACUGGCUUGUUCAAC